ACAUUUUCACCGUGACGUUGGGAAUCCUUUAGGUUGGGGCUGUCGUCGUCGGGACGUCGGGUUUCAGUAGUCCAGCUGCGUUUGUGACUCGCGCUAACGCUCUGUCCGUGUCCGGGCCGGUCACUGAGCGGUGGACAAUCUUCAGCGGCAGGCGCCAGUGGGUGUGAAGUGUGCAGGCGCACGUACGAAGUGUGUGUAUGCCUUCGUGACCAUUAAAGCGGGAGUGUGUGUGUGUGUGUCUGUGUGUGGGUGCACGUGUGUAUGUGCAUCCCUUUGGAAGAUAAAUAACAGGGGCAGUGAAAGAAAACGAAGCCACCGCCACAUCUACUGGAGCCACGGGUUAAAGGUAAAGAUAGGCUAAAUAGACAGCGCAGCAUCAUCAGUAGCAUCAUCACGUUCCCGCACACCGUCAGCUAACCAUCCAAGAUUUACGAUGACCAUCGGUAUGGCAGGACGCCGGCAUUCCCGGCGAGGUCGCUACUGGCACAUGGGCAUCGUAUUCCUGGUGUAUACCAGCUUCCACGCGUACUCGGCCUCGAUCGGCGGUGGAAGUGAAGAGAGAGGCGGAGUCGACCUGGGCGAGCUGUCCAACGUUACACCCAAUCCGGCCUUCUACGCUACCUCCGCCUCGUCCUCGGGCGAAACGUCCGGGGAAAGUGACACGGCCGGACCGGAAGACGCUGAGCCGACGGAGGAAACGAAACCGGCACCGGGUCGGGCACAUCACACGCAUCCAACGUGGAGACCGAAGCGCGAAAACUGCACCCCGCCCGCGAUCGAGCAGUUCCCGCAGCCACUGAUGGGGCCGAACGUGCGAAAACACGGCGGUCUGAUCAUACACGUGUUGGUGGCCAUUUUCACCUUCCUUGGGCUGGCCAUUGUCUGCGAUGAUUACUUUGUGUCGAGCUUAGAUCGAAUUUGCGAAGAACUCAAACUCUCUCCCGAUGUGGCCGGUGCAACAUUCAUGGCCGCUGGAAGCUCUGCCCCCGAGCUAGCCACCGUUGUGAUUGGGGUAUUUUUCGCCAAAGACGACAUCGGCAUCAGUGGCGUGAUUGGAUCCGCCGUAUUCAACAUCAUGUUUGUGAUAUCUGUAUGCGCUCUUUGCUCUGGAACAGUGCUCCAGCUGAAUUGGUGGCCAUUGGUACGAGACUGUACUUUCUACACCAUCUCCAUACUGGUGAUGUUGAUAGUCAUUUUCAACGACGUGAUCUCGUGGGUGGAAUCACUUAUCAUGCUGCUCUUCUAUGUCGUGUACUGUGUCGCACUGCACUUUAACACUCCGCUCGAGAAAUGGGCCCACACCUGGAACCUGCCCAUAAAGCUGCCCACAAAGGAGGAACAAUCGGCACUGGUUACCUAUAAGAACCUGCCGGAAACGACCUACACCCAGGGACAACAGCCGGGCCAGGAUGUGCAGCAACAGCAACCACCAGCCGAUCAGCCCCCAGCAGUCGAUCAGGGCUACGCAGCGUAUAUGGAUCCGAACUCAAGCUGGGAUCCAAAUGCCGCCUGGGGAGAACCAACGCCUGCAGUAACUAACACGGCUGCUGCGAACGUAAACGAUGCGUGGAAUACUGGCGCCGGCCAGCAAAACUACGCCUACGAAGAUCAGUACGGCCAGGAGACCCAGAAGCCGCCACAACAGCAACAGCAGGUUGUUGAACAAACGACCGUAGUGGCGGCGCCCGCAGCAGGCGAGGAUUACUACAAACCAAAGGAGCCGCGCCCGCAGGAUUCGCACAAUCCGCUCGAGAAACCCGUCGACGGCGGCAUGCUGGCGCAAGUGUCCUGGGCGAUCGUCUACCCAAUCCAUUACACCGCUCGGCUUACCAUGCCGGAUUGCAAAACGGAGAAGUAUAAAAACUGGUAUCCCUUCACCUUCCUCAUCUCGAUGAUUUGGAUCUCGUUCUACUCGUACUUCAUGGUGUGGAUGAUAACGAUCAUCGGUUCGACCCUCGGCAUCCCUGAUACCGUCAUGGGACUAACGUUUGUGGCAGCGGGUGUAUCCGUCCCGGACGCACUUAGUUCCAUUGCGGUGAUCAAGGAGGGAUACGGCGACAUGGCCGUCUCCAACGCCGUUGGGUCGAACGUGUUCGACAUUCUCAUCUGUCUCGGACUGCCGUGGUUCAUCCAGACUGCGAUCAUCAAGCCUGGCUCGCACGUGAACGUCAUCUCGAAGGGGCUCACCUACUCGACGCUUUCGCUGCUCUCGACGGUACUGUUCUUGCUGUUUGCGACACACCUGAAUGGAUGGAAACUGGAUAAGCGCCUCGGCAUCGUGCUGAUGUUCUGGUACCUGCUCUUUAUCACGGUCGCUUCCCUGUAUGAGCUGAACUUCUUUGGUCAGCUCAACCCUCCCGAGUGUCCGAGCAUGUACUAAAGCGAUUACCAGCACUAUCUAUACUAAAAAAAAAGUCGCAAAAGGAACCCUUUAUCUUCCGCUCGUGUAUUUCUUCCGCCAAGUUGCAGCAAAAACAUACAUCGCAGCGAAAGAACCACGGCAGCGAACUAUCCAUUUUACAUUAACCCCUUCAUAGUUAGCUAAGCACCAAUCUUCCAUUAUUUCGCUUUAGUACGAUCGUUGUUAGUCGUGUAUACAACCAUUUUUGUUACGUUACGCUUCAUCAUGCAAGCAAUUGCAGCUGUAAUCUAUGUCUUCGAUUUAAUCUUAACACAACUGAUCACUCUUGUUUAUAAUUGCUGUAUAACAGCGAUAUGACGAGCAAAAGAUACUACCAUGAGUAUCGUUGUACCAACCCAGAUAGCGUCAUUAAAAAACAACCCUAGAUUUCAAAAUCGGUAUUGCUUUCCUAUUGGUUAACAGUUUGCUGAUUAUAGUUAACUGGCAGUGCAAGAGCAGCAGUGCAUUAGUUUUAUGUAAAUUAACAUCUAGUUCCGUAUUAGCUUAAUUUUAUCAUUUCUCUCAGCACAUCGAUCAUGUAGCGAAUGUUGCACCAACGCGUAGUGAAUAAGUGUUGGCCCUUAGUUUGCUAUUACUUUCGAUCCAUCCUUUACAUAAACCGAAAACAGACACGAGCGGGCUGUUUUGCAUACAAUGAUAUUGGCAAAAAAGGAUUUUUUGUUAUUGCUCAGUUUGAACUCAUUUGAAGGCGAUUCAAGCUGUCAAGGACCAAAGCAUAAAACGACAAGUAUUACAAACACGCGCUGACUCAAUGUGCAUUUUACUCGAAACUGUAAUUGGCAACUCGGUUGUAGCCUUUACUUUUUACCUAGCCCAUACCCAAAUCCCAUCGAGCAUUGGUUUACCAGUAACGAAAUUGUGCAUACGGUCAAUUCAACCAACACUCACACACGCUCACCCAUCACCCAUUUGAAUGAUCGGUACUGCACUAACGAAUGUAAAUUCAUCGUUUUGCGCGAAAUGUGCGCGAAAGCCGCACCCCCCUCCUGGACUGUCGUGUUAGGUGUAAAUACACUAAUUCUCCCCAUUCGCCGCUAACAAUGCGAGCAAAUGUAAAGAAACAAGAAAUAAUAAGCAUGAAAGGUGUGUGUAAACUUAGAAGGUCUGUCAAGCUCUGUAUAAACACAGCCACAUAGCAAUAUAAUACCGUGUCGAACCCACUGUUAGCUAUGUCUGUUCUCUAAAGUCGUGUCCUCGUUCCUCGUUUUACACAAACCUAACCUGUGUACCAUCUAUUAACGCAUACUGAUGAUGCUUUCAUUGAGCGACGCCUUCGUCAUCCUAUAGAUUAUGUGAGAUAAACACCCUAUUUAACGGUCCUAUUCCCUAUAUAAACGAAUAAGUAUUAGAGACAAUAUAUACAUAAUAUAAAUAUACACACACAUAUAUAUUUAUCACAAACAAAUCAACCAUCGCCAACGAGGACAAAGAGCAAUGCGAAAGCCACCAAGACCAGAGGUACAUGACAGACGUGGAUCAAACUUGUUGUUGUUCACCAUUAGGAGCGUAGCACCUUUUGGGCAAGUUUUAUUACGUAGCUUUCUUCGACCAUUUCACAACGUGAGUUAGUUCAAUUUCUGCUACAAGUAAUACGCCUAACUCACACUCACACACAUACACAAGUGGCCAGAUACUCGAAUACUCACUGAUUUACGUUUAAAGGCCAUCAUCAUCAUUAGCAGUAUAAAUACGUGGACACCGGAAACGUUAAUAACAUAACAAUAUUUAGCAUACUCGCGGUAACUAACAUCAGUAACUGGUAAUUACUGCAGUAUCGGAUCCUUAUCUCCUCUACAUACUACGUCGUGUACUUCCAGGUUUAUAAACCUAUUAUAUUACGCAUGAACCAGUCGCAUUAUUACGUUGCUCGAAACAGUUGGCCAGAGUGUGAAAUAAUGCUCCUGUGUUUCUGCUUAAUAUUAAAACUGAAGAGUUUGAAAGUUGUAUCCAUUACAACGAGCAUUAGCCACGGAUAAUGAGCUAUUCGUUUAAAUCCAUACGAGCAGUAUUUAAUUAACUCCUGUGUUACGCUAUACACUGCAGUAUUAUGCUGUUUUCCACCAUUACAGAUAGCUACUAACGCAAAGUAAACUACACCUUGUUAUGUUGAUUUUUUGACAGUGUUUCAGAUCAUUUAGUCGCGUUAUGAUCAAUGCUAGAAUGUACCUAACAAUUGAUAAUUUUAACACAAAAUAAGAAGAAGUCGCGUAUAGAAUGAUUAUUGCAAAAUGAGCAAGAUGUUCCGACGAUGCUAUGCUACGUUGUAUAAUUAAUGCUAUAAUUUAAGUCAAUCAAGCAGCGAUGCUAUCCAUUCGACCGUCUAAUGAGCGUACCUAUAAAGAAAUUCCGUGUAUUUCAUCUCAGCUCGUCGAUUCAACAUUACGCGAAGUGUGGCAAAGAAGUUCAGUAUGAAACGGAGUAGACAGAUAAAUUCACCACCGAAAAGAUCUAAAGAACAGGAGAGAUACCCAAACUCACCCCGAUGUACCACAGAAAAAUUUAGGAAAAAGCGAGACAGUGAGAACGAAGCCCAUGUAAACAACAGACAAGGGGAAAUGUCCUUUAGCUCCGCCUCUAGCAAACAUGUUUGCUUCCGUUUGUUUUGUUCCGUUUUAGUUCAUGUCAUUGCAUUGAUCCCUCUGUUUAUUCUACACACAUAUGGCAAUUCGUAGCAAACCGUAGAUGAACAACGCACCAAUGCACGCAUAUGCAAACGCAUAGGAAAAUACGCACGCGGCGUAGAUCGUAGACUGCCCGUUGGUAGUUCAUUCCAUGACUUUGCUGCUCGUAGAGCAAACUAGUCAGGAAUUAACCCGUACCAACUGGUGCUGGUUAGUCUUCGUUCGGGGCUUGCGAGACUCACGCAACACUUCAGAGAUCAUCGACAUCGUCAACAGUAUUGUGUACUCCUUGGCUGCCUUUGGAAAGGAUGAUUUUGUUGCUGCUGUGCUGUUUCGCACAAAGAGCGUGCUGAUGAUCGACGCUCGCGAGUGCGCGCACGACAAGGCGCAAUCAAAUGCAGACAGUGGAGUUACUACCGGUGAAACUUAUUACCCUGAAGUGGCCUAACCGGCUGUAAUGGGUGUUAUACGACAAUGCAACCCACGGAUGUACGCCGUUCAGAGGUUAUCAAUUACCUUUUGUAGUGUUAGCACCGAGCACCAUUUGGAGCACCGUAGUAGCAUGGUUUAAAUGCAGUUUCGAAAUUACCCAGUGAUAAGGUUGCCCCCAAAAGUGUCAAUACAGUGGUAACGCAACACAUACUCGAACUGAUCGGAUUGUACUUUAAACUGCAUAGAUAGAACGUAGAACAACCAAGAAAAGAAACAAAAACAAAGCACACAAACACACCUACUCUACUCGAAUAUCAAGCAUAUAUGUUUCAGAUCAUUCCUGUUCGUCAUCAAAUCAACCGUUGCUGGAAGGCGAAUAAGCUAAGCCAAACCCUUAUGCCAGCCGUUUUUCAUACCCUACGAAGCAUCACCGAUUCAGCAGAGGAUGAUAAGCGUGGCCUUUGGACAGGGAGGACAGGGUGGCAACUCAACCACGCAGCCGGCAUACUAUCGACUCGUUUUAUUGCUGUGGACUUAGAUUUUGAAAACCGUUCGAAACAACGAAUCUAUAGUGUCAAUUGAAUGUCUCUCGAUUGGGAGAAAAGUUUUGCAGCAUGUCGCAAAGGAAAAUGUCGAAGGAAAUUGUGUACAUCACAACUGCUGAUCAAUAUUAGACUGCAUUAGUUUCGCUAUCUUUCGAACGUCAACGUCAGGAAGCUAUCUGAUGAUCUAUUGCUACGUUAUGUGUAAUUUAAUUUAAUUUUCUCCUUCUACUGGUAAUUUCCUCCGUAGAUACAAUUUAUUUUCUAACUAAGUUCUAGAAGGGAAGACGCGUUACAAUCAUUAUCUUAGAGGAAGCUAGCUACAACUGUCGUCUACCAAUCAUUGAACGCAAAGUAGAUUUGAGUAUGGGUCCGAGGGCAGCUAACUAAAACGCAUACAAGAGUGUAAGACAAUUUCCGAUAUUAAAAUAUCAAAUGCACAAUAAUCAACCAACAUCCGUUGCGUUGACUUUCUCUCAUAGUGAACCCAUGAACCCUUACCUCCUACCCCUUUCACCCAAUGUCUAAAGUUUAAGCGUUAAUCUAUUUCCUUGUGCUGGUCUUUAAAUUAUACAAAAAAAAACAAGGACAAUGGGGACAAUGCAAACAGUGUCGUACAACAAAUAGCAGAAACGGACGUUGAAAUCCAGCAAACUAUGAACCAGGUUUGCAACCAGUCAUCAACAAUUAUGUAAAUCAUCUAUGUUACUUCAAAUCCCUUUUGCUCUCGGAUGCUAAAUCAUCGUUGAAUUCUUGAUGUCAACAACAAGCAGUUAGAAUAUGUUCGAAUCUUGCGAUCACAAACGAUAACGGCAACGUUUUUUGUCAGUGCAUUCGACGACAAGUAGCAGUAUGAGACAGGGCAGACAAAAGAAAUAUUAACUAUAAAACCAACACAAAUCUAAAACCAAACAAACUGCUCAUGCUAUGAGAUGUUAAUUGUUGAAAAAGUUAAAUAAAAAUGUAAUGAUAAAACCGAA